AUGUCUGUACCUCAUGAAGUAGUGAAAAGAUCAUUAAAUGAUCCUGUGAUGGCUUCAAAUCGUAUUGCUGCUGGAACAGGCAAUUCAGGAUCAGCCUCAAAUGAACUUUAUCAGCCUCAUGGGAUCUUUGUCGAUGUGAAUUUGGAUUUAUAUGUGACAGAUAGUGGAAAUGAUCGAGUUCAAUUGUUUCGAUCAGGAAAAUCAAAUGGCAUCACAGUAGCUGGAAGUGGAUCAUUAAAUCCAACAAUUAUACUUCUUUAUCCAUCUGGAAUUAUAUUAGAUGCUGAGAAACAUUUAUUCAUUCUGGACAAUAGCAAUAGCCGCAUUGUUGGUUCAAGCUUGAAUGGCUUUCGAUGUUUAGUUGGAUGUUAUGGAAUAGGUUCAGAACCCAGUCAAUUGAAUAAUCCAUUUAGUUUUAGUUUUGAUCGUUCUGGAAACAUAUUUGUUGCCGAUUCAUCAAAUAAUCGAAUUCAAAAAUUUUUACUGAUGAAAGAUUCUUUUGCACUUUCAUUCAAUCAACCAAAGUUUUGUCAAACUGCCACUUGGAAUUCCAACGGAAUCACUUUUGCUAAUCAAUCGAUUGUUAGUCAAGCUCCUAGCGCCAUUUUCGUGAACACAAACAACACAAUUUAUGUUGUUAAUCGAGAAAAUAACACAAUUGUAAUGUGGCAGGAAAAGAGUGUCAAUCCAACAAAGAUUAUUUCUGGUAAUUUUACAGAACCCUGUUCUCUCUUCGUGGCAUCAAAUGGUGACAUUUAUAUUGAUGAUGGUAAGAAGGAUGGUCGAGUGCAGAAAUGGAGUGCAGAAACAAAUACCUUUGAUACGGUGAUGAAUGUCAACUCAUCAUGUUUGGGUUUGUUUGUCGAUAUCAAUAAUACUCUUUACUGCUCAAUGUCUGAUCAUCAUCAAGUAGUGAAAAGAUCAUUAAAUGAUCCGGUGGUGACUUCAAAUCGUUUCGCUGCUGGAACUGGUAUUAAAGGGUCACACUCAGAUGAACUUAAUGGCCCUUGUGGAAUUUUUGUCGAUGUAAACUUGGAUUUAUAUGUGACAGAUUGUCACAAUGAUCGGGUUCAGUUAUUCCAGUCGGAAAAAUCAAAUGGUAUCACAGUGGCUGGAAGUAGAUCAACAAUUACACUUCACUGUCCAAACGGAAUUGUCUUAGAUGCUGAGAAAUAUUUAUUCAUUCUGGAUUUUAGGAAUCAUCGCAUUGUUGGAUCAAGCGUGAAUGGUUUUCGAUGUUUAGUUGGAUGUUAUGGAAUAGGUUCACAACCCAGUCAGUUGAAUAAUCCAUUUAGUUUUAGUUUUGAUCGUUCUGAAAACAUAUUUGUGGCCGAUUCAUCAAAUAAUCGAAUUCAAAAAUUUCAAUAUUUGGAAGAAUCAUGUAAUAGUUCAUUAAUUAUAGAAACAAUGUAUUCGUCAUCAUUGACAUCAAAUAGUUCAACUUAUUUCAAAGAUUGUUUAGAGUUACAAUCGUAUUAUGAAGCGAUGCAAAUGAGCAUCACUAUAACUGGCCAUUACACUUUUCUAAUCAACAGCGAGAUAAAAAAUAUGUCCGCUUAUAUCUAUACAAAUAACUUCAAUCCAUUUAAUGUGUCCAGAAAUGACCCCAGCCAUAGUGUGUACUCUGGUGAUCAAAAUCAAUUGCAACUCACAGCUUUUCUUGUAGCUAACACGAAAUACGUUUUCAUUAUGACAACAUUUUCUCCAAAUGUAACAGGAGAUGUUUCAAUUCAAGUAUCUGGUCCAAAUUAUAUCGAUUUCAAUCGUAUUUGUGAGUAUUUAUAG